CGGCCCCAAGGGUGAAGUGCCAAGUCGCUGCAUUGAGCAAGCAACAAGCCGCAUGUUCUUCUGGCUGCCAGUCACCCUGGCGCCGGCCUGGUCGCGACGGGUGGGCACGAUCGGCAGCGCGGUCGAGUCGCGGCCUGCGGAGUGGGUCGGCCACAUCUGUGGCGGUGCCGCCCUCGCGACUCUGCGGACUGCGCACCCACGGCUCGAGCUCGGGUUCCAGCUCGACGCCUCCGCCGCGGUCGGGCCGGCGCUCGUGUUGGGGGGCUUUGCCGCGCUACAAGUGCGCGGCGCGCUCGGGCUGCGCGACUCUCAGCCUGAGCAGGGCGCUCGCGGCAGCCUGCUGCCCUCCGGCUCGCGGCGGGCGACUGUCAAGGACGUCCUGAUCGGCGGUGCCCUCGUGCUCCAGAUCUGCUGGUUCCUUCUCUCGCUCACCGACCCGCUUGGCGGGGGCGGCUCGCAGGGCGGCUUUCUGAACCGCGCGCUCUCCGCCGGCGGGGAGUGGGUGGACCAGCGGGAGGCGCAGCGGGCGGCGGUGGACGCCGAGUACAGAGCCAUGCUCCAAGCCGAGAGGACCGCCACCGAUGCGCCGCCCGCGUGCGCCACGCGCAAGCUAGACGACCCGCUGGGUGGCUGCGCCGGCGAGGCGCCGCUGCCGAAAGCAGACCCGGAGUUCUCACGGACGCGAGGGUUGGACGCAACCCGCGGCUGGAUCUCCGGCUCGGCUGCCAACCCGUCCGGCUUGUAGCUGUUGCGGUGUUUGACGUCUCUAUAAAAUCUCAAACCGGACAGUCAACCGUACCAGUCGCAAAACGCUCCGGAUUAAUGUCAGGUGCCGCCAGGUCCCCGCGGCAUCUCACUCGCAGAGCGGUGCCGGCGGCGGCGCAAUAGCACUGCGGCGAUCAGCAGAUUGGCCGCGACAAACGCGAGACAGAAGAGCGCCGCGUAGAGGGGCGAGGCGUAGAGCGGCAUCGGCGUGGCCGGGGCGGCGGCAGCGGCGGGGAGGAGGCCGAGGGCAUGUGCGGCGACGGGCAGCGCCGCCGCCUGGGCCUGCAAGCCCGCGCUCUCAAGCAGCUGCGUCUGGAGAGGGACUCCCUGUGGGUGCCGGUGGCGGCUGCCGUCCAGCCGCACGCGGCACAGCAGGUGAUGGCCGCC